AUGGAUUGUCACAAGAGCAGAUCCCGCAAGCCCCACACGCAGGUGCCGGCGCACGAACGCGCGCUCGCCGAAGAGGAGGCCCGACUCGGCCGCAUUGAGGACGCCGUGGCGGCCUACAGCGCCGGUUUGACAGGCCUCCACACCGAGUACGCCGCGAACGUUUACGCGAUCGAGGCCCACUACGAUCAGCUGCUGAAACCCUACCAGGUCGUCGUCUACGCCGCGCAAGAGCGGGAGCGUCUGAUAGAGCUGCGCAUCGACUGGCUCGAGCGUGCGAUCCUCGCGCAGGAGAAGGGGGGAGGGGGGUCUAAAACUGGAAGUGGAGGGGGAUGCUUCCUCCAAGCGCGCGACCUGCGCCCGGUCGCGGAGGGGCUGCUAGCGGGCCCCCAAACCCAACUCCUGCGCGCCUAUACAGGGAUCCAAGAAUGCCCCGCGGAGGAUCUACGCACCGCCCAGGGCUACGACGCCCCGCCGGACGCGGCCCUAGCGACGCUUCAGGCAGUGCUCUCCCUGCGGGGGGAGCCCGACGAGGUUUGGCAGGCCGCCCGGGUCUACCUCACCGAGGGCUACUUCCGCAGUUUCUUCGUCGCCCGCUCCGAUGCGAUGCUCCGCCGCUAUGACCUCCUGCCGACGGAGAGAAUGCGGAAGUUGGAGAAGUUUUGUCGAUGCCCCGCGCACGACCCCCGUGCCAUUGCCCGGAUAAGCGCACCGCUGGGCCAUCUCGCGGCGUGGCUAAGGGCGGUGCGCGACGUCUACCGCGUCCGCCUGGCAACAGCCCCGGUGUUGCUUUCGGACGAAACUCCUGACCGCCUCAACGCGGCGCUUGAGCUUCUCGACGAGCUCACCUUUAUCGACCACCCCGUCGGGGAGGAAAUGGAGGAGGAAAUGGAAAACGAAAACGAAAACGAAAUCAUCCCCGCCGCGCAUGAACCAAAUGCUAAGAGUCCAAACACAGAGGAGGGACGGUUCGAGCGCGAGGCGCGGGAGGCAAUGGCGGCUUAUCGGGAUACGAAAAAGCGCCUCUCGGAGUUCACGCAGCCGGUGACGGUGCGACUUGUCGCCCUUCGCCGCAUGCAGCAUCUUUUGAACUGGUCCAAGGAGGAUAGCCGAAAAGCCCGCGAAGCGAUGGCCGCGAUUCAGUCUGAGGCUUCGGCGAAGAUCCAGGAAUUGCGUAAAAAGUACGACGGAACGAUGCUCCCUCUAGAGGGCAAGCUUGAAAGGAAGGUGGAGGACUUUAUGAAGGUCCUCCAUGGGGAUGAGUUAGAGAACUCGUUUAAGUAG